ACAGACUUUGGGUCCUUUCAAAAACACGGGAACAACCUCGUGUAUAACUUCAUAUACCUCUCCUAACAUUUUUGCUUUAUUUACUGUUAAAAAACGAAAUUCGUUAUGGACACUGAUAAUAGUCCAACAACGGAGGUAGUUGCUACUACUAUGGACAGUGAAGACACAACAGAAGCGUUCGUAAAGGUGAAAUCAAAGAAGACAUCGAAGCGAAAACGCGAGAUGGAUGGAGUCGAUAUGGAGGCACAGGACUCCGUAGCAUGCAAGCGGCCUCAGUUUCCACCCAUUUCAGGCGACAAACUUAAGGGUGGUUCUGAUGAGAUGCGUAAGGUGGCUGUCCCGGCCCACAGGUAUACCCCUCUGAAAGAGAACUGGCUGAAGAUAUUCACACCCAUCGUCGAGAACCUACAGCUCCAAGUCAGAUUCAACCUCAAAACCAGAAAUGUGGAAAUUAAAACAUGUAAAGACACACAGGACAUUGGCUCUCUCACGAGAGCUGCAGACUUCGUCCGAGCCUUCGUUCUAGGAUUCCAGGUUGAGGAUGCCCUUGCUCUCAUCAGAUUGGAUGAACUUUUCCUAGAAACCUUUGAUGUCACAGAUGUAAAACCACUGAAAGGAGACCAUUUGUCCAGAGCUAUUGGGAGGAUAGCAGGGAAAGGAGGCAAAACAAAAUUCACCAUUGAAAAUGUGACCAAGACCAGGAUUGUUCUGGCAGACUCAAAAGUACACAUAUUAGGAUCUUUCCAGAAUAUUAAGAUGGCACGGACAGCGAUAUGCAACCUCAUCUUAGGAAGUCCCCCUUCUAAGGUGUACGGUAACAUCAGGGUCGUGGCCAGCAGGACAGCAGAGAGAUUCUAAAGUCACACAUGGAUUUAUAUUCUCGUCGCCUGAUUCAAGUCAGGUAUUCACCAAGGUUCUGAUCUAAGACCGGUUUUGCCUUUUUAAAACACAAGGUAAUAUGGAUGGGUGGACCUGGUCCUAGAUCAGCACUCCUGAGACGCUUUUUGGAUGUGGGCCCUUGCCUGACAUCUUCCAGGACUUUUGUUGUUGAAGCUGGACAUAUUGACCUGGGAGGUGUCUACCUGCCUUUGACAUCUGGACUGGCCUGUCUCUUCCCACAGGGGAUAUUUGCAUGUAAAUGAUUUGCCCCUUUUUCCUAAUUGUCUUUUGGAUUUCAAUAAAAUCUUAUUGUUUGAAUCUGAACCUUAAAAUAUUUGGAGGCCAACAAUUAAUUGUUACAAAGUGAAAAUUUGAGUCAUUGUAAAUAAAAAUUCAGAAACCCUAA